AAGACAAAACCGUGGAUCCAUCUCCCCCUCCCCCUCCCAUCUUUUCUUUUCCCAUCUCUCUAUAUAAAACCCGCAACAAUUCCUCCUCUUUUCCCACCGCCACCACCACUGCCGCCGCCGCCACUACUACCGCAAAGCCUCUCCUAUUCGCCUCAGCAACUGGUGUUUGCGAGUGUUUCUGUUUCUCUAAACAUGACUCGGUUAUUCACAGAUCUACCGAUUCACUUGUCUUUAUAAUACCUCCAUAUUUGUUCUCUGAUCCAUUAAUUUCUUUCUAUAAUCUUGUGCUCUUUUGGUAGAGGAGGUCUACGAUGUCUCUUCCGUUUUCAGAUCCGACAUUCCGAAUCUAUCCGGAGCCUAUCGAUCACUUCGAUAGGUUACCGGAUUCUGUUCUCCUCCUUGUUUUCAACAAGAUCGGGGAUGUUAAGGCUCUUGGACGCUGCUGCGUUGUUUCUCGUCGAUUCCACUCCCUUGUUCCUCAGGUAGACAACGUGGUUGUGCGGGUGGAUUGCGUUAUUUCCGACGACGAUACGUCGUCUACCUCCUCCUCAGCGGACAAGUCCCGUAACCCUGCCUCGUCCGGUCCCUUCUCAUCCAUUGUUCGCCUCCUCUUUAGCGGCAUUUUGAAGCCUCUGCAGACGUUCGGUCAGUUCCUUGGCCCCAAACGUGUGAUGCUCUCCUCGAACUCUGGGUCUUCAUCUUCGUCUCUGGCGGUCGGGAGUGAGGACGACGGGGACAUGGAUCAGAGCGUGGUGACCCAUCACUCUCCCACACAGGUUUUGAAGAAUUUCAAUGAGAUUCGGUUCUUGCGCAUCGAGCUACCAAGUGGGGAAUUAGGGAUUGAUGAUGGGGUUUUGUUGAAAUGGAGGGCUGAUUUUGGAUCUACCCUUGAUAAUUGCGUGAUUCUUGGUGCUGCGUCUGUCGUCAACAAUGGACCCGCCAAGAACAAUAACUCUAUUGACAAUGUGUCUGAUGGGUUGUGUGUCAACAGCAAUGGAGUUAAUGGUGCCCUAGCUGACGAUAACGGAAGCAUACCAGAGUCUUUCUAUACCAAUGGUGGUCUGAAACUGCGGGUGGUUUGGACGAUAAGCUCGUUGAUAGCUGCCUCCGCCAGGCAUUUUCUGUUACAGCCGAUAAUUGCUGAGCAUAAGACGCUUGAUAGCUUGGUGUUGACGGACGUUGAUGGUCAAGGAGUGCUGUGCAUGAAUAGGGAGCAGCUUGAGGAGUUGAGGGUCAAACCUCUGUCCGCUUCUUCUGCUUCAAAGAGGACACUAGUCCCGGCUCUGAACAUGCGGCUUUGGUAUGCGCCACACUUGGAAUUGCCUGAUGGGACCUUAUUGAAAGGGGCUACUUUGGUUGCCAUUAGGCCUAGUGAGCAAUCCGUGGCAAAGAAGGAAGCGUCUGGUGGGUCUUGGGUAUCUACUGCCUUUGAAGAGCCUUAUGGGACUGCCGCAAAGAUGCUGGUGAAGAGAAGGACUUACUGUUUGGAGAUGAACUCAUUUUGAAUCAGAGUUACGAGGAGAUAAGCAGAUGACAUGCUGUGGCUGUUUUAUUAGCACUUGAUGUGCUGUGGUUUUCAUGAUGCUGCUGUAUGCUCUGAGUUCAUUAGAGGUGGUCUAAAUGGUCGAAGAAGAGUGAGGAUUUGGAUAUUUUUAGCAUAAUCUUUGUGCGUUGAAUUACUCAUCACCAAAAGGCAACACAAGGCAAGGUGGAGAUUCUGACCAAAAUGGGUGUUACAAUAUGAUAAUGCUAUCAGCCAUAUGGUUUUGUUCUGUUUUAGUCUGUCUGAUAGUGACACUGAUUGAAGUUUCCUUAUCAAUGACUUGCACAUAGUUUUACAUUGAUUUAUGUAGUUUGAAAUAGGCUUUUCAGUGAUAGCCCAUGGGAAGAGGAUAUGCAUGUGUUCUCAAAGGAGAUUGUGAAGCCAAUUCUGUAAAAUGCAGCUUGAACCGAGUGCAGCGCCUCAUGAUGAAGCUGAAUGAUGCUCUAGAACUACAUUGAGGCAUACGCAUAAAUGCACAAAUUGCAACUACAUUGAUGUAUGUUACUGGAGCUUCCAGUCUGUAGUCAUUUACCUUUAACUGUUCGCUUGCUACAUGUGUAUAUUGUAGGUAUGAAUAUGUUGAGCUUAUAUUAUACUUCUGCAACGUUGCAAAUUUGCAAUGUAGUUUACAUUAACCUUUAGAUAUUUUGUUUUAUUUAUAACCUUCAGACAUUGGAAAGUAAAUUUUGCUAAUAGCGAAACUGCAAGAGGGCUCAGCUUUCUUCGUCU